CUGAAUAGGCAAUAAGCAUGGCGACGGGACAGACGCAUAUGCGCCAGAAGCCUCGUACGGCUUCGUUUUGAGAUAAAAAAUGAGCGAGGUGUCGUUAAUUCGUUGCAUGGAUCAUCGUAGAACGACGUUGGAUCAAAGGUGAACCGGCGGCGCAGUUUCGCGUGACCGUACCUAAGACGUGAGACAAUCUACGAAUUAAGUAUACAGUAUCUUAUCACCGAUAGUUUUUUUUCUUAUCGUCCCUUCGAUCAAUGCCCGAGAAACCGAAUCCAGACAUAAUAUGGCCGAUCCAACGAUACAAACAUUCUGUUGUCAUCACUCGAACAGAACGGACAUGGCGAUCUUUGUCAUGCAAGAAUUCAACACCGAUGCUUACAACAUCGUGUGCAUGGUUUCGUCUAUGAUAGGGAUCCUGGGUGCAGUGUACCAGAUAUUGCCAAGGGAAACGUCCAGUCUGCCUCAUCGAUGGCAAGGUUUCUCUUCAUCCAGAGGUCGAGAAAUCAUUAUAUGGCUCGCUAUUGCUGAUUUUCUCGCCUCGUUAGGCGUUUUUAUAAGAUCGGUACUUUGGAUGAACUUCAAAUCGAUAAUGCCGAUGGAGGAUGAUACUUCCAGCGUUGUUUUCUGUGCACUGUCGUCGGCUUGGACUCAGUACUUUUACAUGGCAACAUGGAUCUGGACGCUAUGUUACGCGAUAGACAUGAAGUUAUUGCUUGGGGAUAGAUCCGGUCAUCCCACCUGUUACCAUGCAUUCGCAUGGAUAUGUCCUGCAAUUCUCACGACGUUCGGUUUAGCAAUUUUAUACAUUCCAGAUGCAAACUGCCACAACUUGACUUCUUUGUCCACUGCCAUAUUACGCAUAUUACCGAACUAUUGUGCUACCUAUGUAUUAUUAGCAGUAGUUAUGAUCGUUAAUCCUGUAUUGUAUUUCGCGUCGACACGAGAUCUUCAGACUGCAGUCACAUGUAGUUUGGCUCAAAUAACAGGCAGGGAAAGAAAACUGGUGCAAACGAUAAGGCUGAAGUUCGCGUUGACCAAUGUAGCGUAUUACGUGUGCUGGUUGCCGAAUUUGAUCAACGGAAUCUUACUGUGGACCUUGUGGUUCCAGCUGCCGAUCAAAGCUAUUAUAACUUUGUGGUAUAUAAUGGCUGUAACUAAUCCUCUCCAAGCGUUUUUCAACGCGCUCGUGUACAAGAGAUGGGGCAAAAGGGAGAAGUUUCGACUAGAGUGUUGUCAGAAGAUUGGCAACUUCAAAAGCCAGAUCACAAAAGGGGACGUUGGCAUGCGAUUAACAGAAUCGUCGCCAUUAUUGGAUCCGAAAUUUGGCUGUCCUCCCCAUACGAGCAUAAAUGGAUCGUCUUCAUUUUAAAAACUGUGAUAAACCGUAUCCAUUGACCACCUUUGCCUACUGUUUUUUUAAAUGGAAUUAUAUUUUUCUAAUGUGCUCAAUCGGUGGCUUACUAUAUGAACAAAUUGAACGAGAACAACGCUAGAUUAUAUAAUAUACGAAUUAUCUCGAGAUCUUCUGAUAAAGCAUCGCCAGUAUGUUUUACGAAUAGAAAUAAACAUAACAAUAGUUGCAGAGACAUUAGCAUUGUCCAAUGCCUUUUCGAUGCAAGGCUGACUAUCGCGUGCUGUAAUAAAGAUAAUUAUUAAAUAUUUCUUGUCCUACGCAGCUAAUAAUGAACUUCCUCGAAUCAUGAAACAUACCAAGAUACUUUGAUCUGAAAAUCCUGGGGCAUUUUGUAAAUACGUAAACGCAAAAGUUGUUGCAAUGCAUAUGAUGCAACCAAUUUUUUUACGUAACUUUUUUAUAAUCGUAAGGAGUAUUUAACGAUUUCUCAGAAGUGCAUUACUAGAAAGUAGAUUGAUCUAGAGAUAAUACUCGGUAUGGAGCUUUAUGGGCGAAAUAUUUUAAUCACUCUAAAGCUGGAAGUGCUCUUUUCGGCGAGCACGUUUGUUACUUGUUGCAUAUACGAGAGGCUUUAUUUUUUACAAAUGUAAGAAGAACAUGUAUACGUAAUACUAUCGUUUAAUCAGUUUAACUUCUUUUCUUGUUUUGUACAUCUAGUAUGUUUUAGGCUGAGGCAUUGCUGUUUCACAAAUUACAAACUAUUCAACGCGGAGCACUCAGUUUGUACGGAUAUAUAUAUAUGUAUAUAUAUAUAUGGAUAUAUAUAUACAUGUAUAUAACAUACAUUAUAUAAAUAUAACGGGCAUCACAAUUGAAAAAUCGAUCAUCACUUUUGUUACAGUGAGUAAGGAGCACCUCUAAAAAAAUAUGUCUAUCUCAGAAAAUAGUGCACGUUGAAUCUCGAAACAGAUAUCUCCUCAACUUCUCCUUUCGUUUCGUGUUUUGAUUAACAGACUUGUAUUCGUACAACAUUCCUCCGCUUGAUAAAAAAAUUCUUAUAUACAACGCUAGUAGCAAUAAGUGUUUUAAAGACAUUCCGAGGACAUUGUUUACAUAUAUGUUCUUUUUACAAGACUACUUAAUUUUCGAUCAAUUAGCUCACUUUGUAUUUCCCUCCCUCUCUUCAUAGCACCAAAAAAUUACUCAGUAGAAAUACGAAGACAGUUUUUUCAUUUUGAACACGACAAGCAUAAUGAAAGUGUACGCAACAAUAAAAGGAAACAAUAAAGCUUAACUGUUAAAUUAUUGGACUGCGUCAUAAAUAACUUCUGACGUGGUAUAAUUUAAUUAAAUAAUAACAGAAACAUUUUGAUAUAUCUAUUGCGUUGAAAAAUAUAUCGAAUUGAAAUAAAUAUUGAAAGUUGAAGUUAUUUACAGACCAAUCCAAUAUUACUGUCAUUCGCUUGCUUUGAUGCUAGAAGAACGAUAAUGUACAACGAUUUCAACGUUAUCGACUAACAAUUUAAUAUUAGUCACGAACUGUUUCUCAUAGUUUACACGCUUAAAUUUAAAUUGGUUCACUUAGGAUAUAUGUCAUUCGUUUUCCUCUUUCAAAAGUCGCUGUUUAAAAAUAGAUUGAAUUUCCAUAAAAUAAUCUUUGCGUAAAGCUAAGUUACUAACUACUAAUACUAACAUUAUAAGACUGAUCGUGUAUAAAGAUUCUGUAACUAUACAGUAACAACACGGACAUACCACACUCCUUUUUUACAUUACUUACAUGGUCUAUUCUAGAGUAAAUUAGAAUAAAUACUGCCAAGAUGCUAUAUA